AUGAGAAAGACAAGAAGCUUCAGGCAUAAGACAGUUAAAGACAAUGAAACACUUAGAGAAGUGAGUGAGCAAGAAUCUGAAAAAGAUGGUAGUCAGUGCUUAGAUCCUGCAACAAACAUGAGAAUUCAGGCUGAAAAGAAACAGUAUGUAUGUACUGAGUGUGGGAAAGCCUUUAGUCAGAGUGCAAAUCUUACAGUACAUGAAAGAAUCCACACAGGAGAGAAACCCUAUAAGUGUAAGGAGUGUGGAAAAGCCUUCAGUCAUAGCUCCAACCUUGUUGUUCAUCGAAGAAUCCACACUGGACUGAAGCCCUACACAUGCAGUGAAUGUGGGAAAUCUUUCAGUGGUAAGUCACACCUCAUUCGGCACCAGGGAAUCCAUAGUGGGGAGAAAACUUAUGAAUGUAAGGAGUGUGGGAAAGCCUUUAGUCGGAGUUCAGGUCUUAUUUCACAUCAUAGAGUUCACACUGGGGAAAAGCCCUACACUUGUAUCGAGUGUGGGAAAGCCUUUAGCCGUAGUUCAAACCUUACUCAACAUCAAAGAAUGCACAAAGGAAAAAAAGUUUACAAAUGUAAGGAGUGUGGGAAAACAUGUGUUUCUAAUACAAAGAUUAUGGACCAUCAGAGAAUUCACACAGGGGAGAAGCCUUACGAGUGUGAUGAGUGUGGAAAAGCUUUCAUUUUAAGGAAGACCCUUAGUGAACAUCAGAGACUUCACCGUAGAGAGAAACCUUACAAAUGUAAUGAAUGUGGGAAAGCUUUUACUUCUAACCGAAACCUUGUUGAUCAUCAGAGAGUUCACACUGGAGAGAAACCCUAUAAAUGUAACGAAUGUGGAAAAACCUUCAGGCAGACUUCUCAAGUUAUUCUACAUUUGAGAACCCACACUAAGGAGAAACCCUAUAAAUGUAGUGAGUGUGGGAAAGCCUAUCGUUAUAGCUCACAGCUUCUUCAACACCAGAGAAAACAUAAUGAGGAGAAAGAAACAUCAUAAAUAACAUAUAUUGUUAGUAGGCCUAAUUGCUACUUUUUGGAAAAACAAUUUUUCAUUAUUCUCAACCUUAAUUCAAUUUCUA